AUGGAAAAUGAUAAGAAUAAUAGUGACAGAAUUCUAAGACUACAAACACAUCGUCUUCAAAGUACUCACAAGUGGCUACGAGGCCUUCAAUCAUUCCUGCCUCCCGACCGUUCUCUAUGGAUUUUUGUCGGUUGUGAUACAAAAUACCCUCUGUUUUCCUGUCAAUCCAAAAACGAUACCCGCGGUAAAGGGCUUGGCAAUGUGAUUGCUGUCAAUGAAACACACUUUCGUCAUCCUAUCCUUCAGAGACAUUGGAACAGUUGCGCGGUCGUUGGCUCAUCGGGUCGUUUGCUGAAGACUGAAUAUGGACGCCACAUCGAUGAUCACGAAAUUGUCGCCAGAAUCAACUAUCCACCAAUAAAGGGAUACGAAAAACACGUGGGAUCCCGACCUUCCGACAUCCAUUUUUUCGGCGACAAACUGCCAAGAUGUUUCAACGAAAGUCACUCUGAAGCCAAGCUGACGGUUUUUCCUCUUCCUUAUAAGAGAAACCGAGAAAACGUUUCUUUCGAAGCAUGCGAAGCUAACAGGGAAUUGCCAUUGUAUACUAUUUCAAGUUACGUUUUUGAAUUCGCAGGAGCGCUAAUUUAUAAUUAUUCCCUUGCCCACCGUCCUCCCAAAAUGAAGGCGCGUCAGGUAAAGAAGACAAUGCCAUCAUCAGGUUUUCGGUCGGUUAUUUUUACAAUGAUGAUGUGCAAACACGUUGAUGUGUAUGGAUUUGGACUGAGUGGAGAUAAAGAAGAGCCGGUUCAUUACUACGAGAAAAGCACAGACAGUACAAGGUUUCGACGGGCUCACAAACCUAAUGUUGAAUUGGAGCUCAUGAGUCAUUGGCCAAACGCGACAUCGUCCGAUUUCUAUCCGUUCUUUGGCAAAUUACGGGUAUUUACAUAAAUGUUAAACCAAUAUUAGUAUUUAAAUGUAAGUUUAUAGCUGGGGUAACGUAUUUGUAUACUUUAGACAACAUGGAAAUUUCUAGACUUUUUCGUUUAGCUAAAGUAUUCACAAUUCAAACAACUGUGAUGAGCGAUAAACUCUAUGUCUGCAAAACUGAUAUGUAAAACUAACAAAUAUACGAACAUCU